UAGAAAAGACAGGCGUCACUGGUGAGGGAGAGCCAGUCACUAUGGCUUGUGUCAGCAGCUCUGGUCCAGUCAGGGAGCGCUGUUGGAUCUCCUCACGUCCACUCCUCCCUACCAGAAUGGUUGAGCCCAGCCCUCCAGCGCUGCACCUCCUCUCCGGGGGGGAUGUCAGCAUGACAGGUGUUGGUGUCAAAGUAGAGCAGGAGGAGUCCUGCAGAGGCGGGGGAGUCAUUACCAAUGCUGAACCUCUUAAGACGUCUCCUUCACGUGAUUGGCCAGGAAAUCAUCCACUGGAGGCCCGCCAAUUGACCCCACCGCUCUCCUGCUCCCCUUCGGAGGGCUCUCCAGGUAAGGAACUACCUCACAGACAAAGCCCUGUGGGACUGAAGGAGGCCAGGACACGUGAUAGACCAGAAGGACAAUCCAGCUUCAAGCAAGUAAUGCCUACCAUUGAGAAGCUGCUGAAUGCUGACUGGAAGGAGAAACUUCUGGAUAAAAGCACAGUGGGGGCAGGACAACUGAAAGGUACCCCAGAGUCUCUGGCAGAGAAGGAGCUCCAGUUGUUGAUGAUGAUCAACCAGCUGAGCGGUCUGAGGGAGCAGCUACUGGGAGCCCACUCUGAGCAGAGGAACAUGGCCGCCCUGCUGCUGGAGAAACAGCAGCAGCAGAUGGAGCUGGCUCGACAACAGCAGGAACAGAUUGCCAAGCAGCAGCAGCAGCUGAUCCAGCAGCAGCACAAGAUCAACCUGCUUCAGCAGCAGAUCCAGCAGGUGAACAUGCCCUACGUGAUGAUCCCGGCUUUCCACCCCAACACCCAGCCCCUCCAGGUCACCUCUGACCCGCAAAUGACCUUGCCACUGCAACCAAUCCCAUGCAAGCCAGGUCAGCGUGACUAUCCCAUGCAGCUGCUGCAGAACCACCACCCCACCCCUGUGAAGAGGAGCAGUGGUUCCUUCCGACAGGAAGCCAGUCAGCCCUUGAACCUGACCUCCAAGCCGAAGGGGCUGGAGCUGGGGAAAACACCCAGUCCGCAGAGCCUGGAGAUGGGACCGCUGGCACUGCAGGGGGCCUACAGGCCCCGAGAUCUCCACAGAGAAGUGUCCCACAGCCCGUCACGAUCUGCCCUCAGUUUCCUUGGAGACGGCGAUGUGGUCACCCAGGCCAUCCAUGAUGCCCAGCAGCUCCUGAGGAUCCACAGCAGCGGAGGGCGAGAGAGGGAGAGGGAGAGGGAGAGAGACGGCGGUGGAAAGAUGGAGUAUAAAGAUUCUCCCCGCAGAGAGAAACUCUCUCACUCCGAGCGGGGUGAAGACAGACACGGCCUGCCGUCCACUGAGGACCACCUCAGCAGUGACUCUGAAGGUGCCCUGCCCGUCUCGGUCCCAGGCAGCUACGCUGAGGCCCGGCCCCCUCCCUCAUCAGGCCACAUUAAGAGACCCAUGAAUGCCUUCAUGGUGUGGGCCAAGGACGAGCGCAGGAGGAUCCUGCAGGCCUUCCCCGACAUGCACAACUCCUCCAUCAGCAAGAUCCUGGGCUCCAGGUGGAAGGGCAUGUCCAACCAGGAGAAGCAGCCUUACUAUGAAGAGCAGGCGAGGCUGAGCAGGCAGCAUCUGGAGCGCUAUCCUGACUACAAGUACAAACCCCGGCCCAAACGGACCUGCAUCGUGGAGGGGCGCAGGCUGAGGGUGGGCGAGUACAAGGCCAUGAUGAAGAGCCGCCGGCAGGAGCAGAGAGCGACCUACACGCACAGUCAAACAGAACCACAGCAGGUCCACUACUCCCACAGCGAUGGCCAGUACCCGGGCGGCGCUGGCUCAGUCUCGGUGGCAACCAUGCCCUUUCACCCUGCGUUACUGGAGCAUUACCUGCCGCAGGUCCCGGCUGCGGCGCACCGAGCGGAGGGCCAGGCCACGCCCACUUCCCUGUCCAGAGAGAGAGAGAGGGAGCGAGAGAGGGAGCGGCCUCCGUACAGUGAAGGGGAGGAAAGCGACGUGGGAGAGAGGAGUGAGGGGGAACUGGUGCUCCUGACAGACUGAAGGGAUGGGGGGGGGGCUGAACAGGGCAUACAGGGAGGGACUGAGUUGUUACUGAAUGAGAAAAUCGCACUUCAGUGAGGCAAAGGUGAAGAGAUAUGGUGAGAAAACGUCAAACUCACUCCCUUGUACAUUACUUGUUUUCAGUGAAACCCUGCCCUACACACACACACACACACACACACACACACAUAAGGCAAGCUCUUUUCCCUUCAUAGACAUGUCAUCAGCUGCUUUGUUUUAGAAUCCUGAAGGUAUAGUGACGUUAUAAUGUAGGAGGUUUAUCGUUUAAUCCCUUAUGCUUCAUGUUUUCCUGCUGCGUUGACUUUUGGCAAACAAAAAGCCCCACAGGGAUUAGAUUCAUUGGAGGAAAGUGUAAAAGAAACCAUACGAGUUCAAUAGAAACCCUGUUUCCACCUGUUAGGCGUCCGAGGGACCUCAGAGCAGCUGAGUAACUUCUGUGUGUCUGGAGCAACAGGCCUGUGAUGACGCCGUGCUAUCAGUAAGUCAGUACUGCCCCCUGCUGGUAAAGGCUGGUUAUUACUAAGUAAGGACACCCAAAAGAGCAGCGCUCCAGGAGCCACCCACCUAACUCGUGGUUCAGAUUGUCUGCCACCCAAGCAGAAUUUGGUGAGUGAUAUCACUCCAUGUCAGAUGUCGUGUUGAAAAAAGGAGUGUAUGCCAGCGGUUUAGUGCUGUACUUCCAUAAAGGUGUCAGUUUGAAAAAACAACUUGAAGCAGCAGAGGCUGAUAUUCUGACUUGUAGUCCCUAGUAUGGUUCAAGCUCCACAAACACUGGAUCCUACACUUCCCAUAAUGCAACUUGAUAAUGUCUUUCAUUAGACCCUCCCUUCCUGGUGAAAGACCACUAGGUUUCAAACUCCACGCCUCCAGUUAGUAAUGGAGGCUUUCUGUUAUAAAGCUGAGACAACCCUGAUGACAUCAUCAGGGUUAUUUUUUCAGCCUUUGGGAGCGACCCCUCCAGGAGAACUUGAUGUUGCUCCUUGAAUAAAUGAAAUCAAAUUGGCGUCACCUCACAGCAGCAUUCAGGAACAAGCUGAUACAGUAUAUCUUUAAGUCUGUCUCACUGAAAAAACCAUCCUGGCAGCUGUAAGCCAUUGCUCCACAUUAAUGUAGUGGAUCCAAGGGAGAUUAUUACUAUCUUCAAGGGACUUGUUUGUAACAGCAUUGUGUUUGUCACCAUCAGUGAAGUGAAUGUUUUAGUUAAGGGAUGUCUCACUGCACCCAAUGGUUUACAAUCAGACAGCCAAGAAAAUGAUUUUUAAGAAGUUGCAUCUCAGAUAACAUACAGUAAACCCUCCUCUUCCUCGUCCUCCCACAUCACACUGUUCAGUUGAGCCGUGCUGUAUAUGCUGUAUUUGUGUCUGUCACUUCCCUCUCCAUAGCGCGGUGGGUUGACCUCAGCCUUGCCUAUUUUUUUUAUACCUCUGUGUUUGCUUCUUUGAGUGUUAAUUGAUUGUCGUGUUGAGCACCUCCUAUCUGUGUAUCCAAAUGUUUUUUUUGCUGCUUUUGAGAUGCAGCCUCCCGCAGUACUGCAGAAAAUAUCCACAAAUAUAUAUAUGGUUUUAAUCUUGAGGAAUUACUUUCAGUAUUUUUCAGGAAUUGUCAUUUUCUUGGUACACUGGUACCAAGAAAAUGAGCCUUGUUCCACAAUAUUCACAUUCUGACGCUUCCUGAAGUUGCACUGGAAUUAGUUUCAGAUUUGAAGACUGAAAGUGAAACUAAAUGGCAUUUUUGCAGUGACAGAUCAAUCGGCCUCAUGUUAGACUUAGGGUGAAGUUCCAUCUGUCUUCUUAUCUCAUCUUUAAUUUUCCUGUUCCACGGACAUCUAACAUUUAGGCAAAUCAGUCCCAAAUCACAUCUGACAUGGGAGCAGAAGCUGUUGCUCAUUGGCAGGAUGUUCUCUGUAAUGGUGGAUGUCAGAAAUAGAGAAAAGGUCAAUAACGGUCAUGAGCUGUUGACAGUGUUAAAGUGCCAAUGUGAAAGAAAUAUACUAAAGUUUUGGGUGACUGAACCACUGGUCAACUUCAUGAGGACGCAUACACCAAAAUCAUCCACGAGUCCUCGGUACAUCAUUGGCUAUGGUGCUCCAUGCUAACAAUUUAGCUUAGCAUAGGCCUACACUAUGUUUUCUGAUAGUAAGGCUGUCUUCACUGAUGGUUGGAGUUACUGUAUUGCCAUGCUGGUUGUUUUAGAUGUAUGCUGAAAACUUGCGUUUUAAAGAUAUACUUGCUUGUAAAAGUAAUGUUUGCGUGCUGUUAGCUGUGCGGACAGACAUGGUGACAUCCUGCCGCGUACUGUGUAUAUGAAAACUCACCUGACUUCCCGAGGAAGAACUCUGACUUAAGAUUGACUUUACUUUGGUUUUACCUUGUUGGAAAUAGGAAAUCCAUAGUUCCAAUAAUAAAACAUGGUAAGCUCCAUGCUAAUGAUGCUACAGUUUAGCACAGGCCUACACAGUCUUAAGUGUGACUGUAGUUUCCAAAAUGUAUUUUAUUAAGCUUGAAAGUCAAAUGCAGAGUGAUCUUAAGUGACUAGCUUCAUUUGUAGUUUUAUGUAAUAAAUUGGUACAGUUCAAACAAAGUGGAAGACAAAAAAAGUGUUAAUAACUAGCUAGCUACUGCUUUACCUCUUUCCAUUCCAAGUGAAGGUGGUGGAGGAGUUUUGGAGACUGCGUGCAUCCCAGAAUCGCUGCUCCGCGGACGAAUGUGUUGCUGCAUCAGAUAAACCUGCUAUACGUCCUCCUCAGUAUGCUUAGCUAAUAGCAUGUUGCUCACAUCUGAGCACAUGGAUAGUUUUGGUGUCUUUGUUCUCAUCACCCAAUGACCAUAUUGACCAAUAGGACAAUUUUACGAAAACUUAGUGUACCUAAAUAACACUGCGGUCAGUCCAGCUUUAGCUAACUGCAAGGUUGACAAAUCAAAAUGGCGGGAAAAGACAAACGUCAGACCUCAGGGUUGGGGCUCAUCCUGUACAAUCAUGGUCAGGGCUGUGUAGAGUAAAGAUGCUGGCUUUUGUGCACAGAGAUGGAUAUCAGAGGAAAAUGUUUAUCUUAUUUUAGUGGAGACAUGCUGAGGAGUCACUUGUCGUUACCCCUGCUGAUGUAAAUAUAGAAAGAGACUUUAUUUUGUUUAUAAGAGCCUGUGUAAUUUAAAGGUGUACGUUUCUCUACGUUUUCAGAGUUUUGUGUUGUUGUUUUUUUUCUUGAAAGACAAUAAAUUGGUUGUGUUAA